UUUUAACUUUAAUGUACAAUUCCAGCAGUUCAGAAAGAUGGGAGGUGCUGUGAGUGCUGGUGAAGACAAUGAUGAUUUAAUCGAUAAUCUAAAAGAAGCACAUUACAUACGAACGGAGGUGGUAGAGCAAGCUUUCCGAGCCAUAGAUCGUGCUGAUUAUUACUUGGAGAUUUACAAAGAUAAUGCCUAUAAAGACCUGGCUUGGAAAAAUGGUAACAUCCAUUUGUCUGCACCCUGCAUUUAUUCUGAGGUAAUGGAAGCACUGGACCUACAGCCUGGAUUGUCCUUUUUGAACCUUGGAAGUGGCACUGGCUAUUUGAGUACAAUGGUUGGCUUGAUUUUAGGCCCCUUUGGCGUAAAUCAUGGAAUAGAGCUGCAUGUUGAUGUUGUGGAGUAUGCCAACCAAAAACUUGAGAAUUUCAUCAAGACAAGUGACAGUUUUGAUAAGUUUGAAUUCUGCGAGCCAUCCUUUGUAGUGGGAAACUGUUUAGAGAUUGCUUCAGACAGUCAUCAGUAUGAUCGAGUCUACUGUGGGGCAGGAGUUCAGAAGGAUCAUGAAGAGUACAUGAGAAACUUGAUUAAAGUUGGUGGAAUCCUUGUCAUGCCAUUGGAAGAGAAGCUAACUAAAAUAACGCGUACAGGAUUGAAUACUUGGGAAACUGAAAAAAUCUUGGCUGUGUCUUUUGCUCCUUUAAUCCAACCCUGCAGCACUGAUGCUGGGAAAGUACGAACAGUCCAAUUACGUAAGUUUUAUAGGUAUUAUUAGUUUAA